CAUGUACGCCAGAUCCCCAGUCCCAUUCUUCACCCUCUCCUCAACCUAUGGACAGAUAUUGUUCUCCUUCGGGAGCCUCAUCUCUCUCUCCUUCUGUUGCUAUUAACUCAUCUCCAGUAAUCUCAAGCAACAAGAAAGCAUUCUCCAAGUCUCCCAUGAUUUGCCUCAUACGUGCUAGUGUCCGUCCCACCCCACCCUCCAGUCCGUCUGCCAUUUCUAAUUCCUCACCUUUUUCAAAUAAGUCAAUGAAUGCUGUUGAGCAGCUUAAGCAGCUCUCACAUAACAAAGUGAAGAGGAAGAGAAAGAGAGAGCAUAGUUCCACUGGUAUUGUUACCAGGUCAAAGAUAAAGAGAAGAUUAACAAGCUCAAUGGAAGAGACCACCAAUGCAAGCACCAGCACUUCUGAUUCAUUGACCAAUGCUUCUAAUACAGCUCCUAUCUCUUCAACCAGUCCUCCUAUCUUUAUUGCUAACUCUAAUUCAACCAGUCCUGCAGCUAGUGCUCUAACCAGUGUUAGUCCAUCAAUAAAUUCUGCUUUACCCAGUGCCUCUACCAGUGUUUCAUCCAACAUUCCAACCUGUAUUUUGUCCAGUUUUCCCCCCAAUAUUCCAACCAAUAUUUCAUCCAGUGCUUCCCCCAAUAUUCAAAGCAGUGUCUCUACCAGUAUUUCCCCCAAUAUUCCAACCAGUAUUUCAUCCAGUGCUUCCCCCAAUAUUCAAAGCAGUGUCUCUACCAGUGUUUCCCCCAAUAUUCCAGCCAGUAUUUCAUCCAGUGUCAGUGCUCCUCCUUCUCCUAGACUGUUCCAUGGUAAGCAGUGCUUCAUUAGACUCCCAUUGAUGAAGAAGCCACUCACUAAACUUUACUCCUCAGUUCCUAGGCUCUGUGUUGAAAAAUUAAAAAACAUUCCCUCAUUUGUAGACAAAGGCAGCACUGGAACUCAAUCUCCUAUGUCUCUUUCCACUUUAUUGUCUCAUACUCCUCCUGCUAAACCCUCUCGACUAUCAUUGCCAAUAACUAGAUCAUCUAAAGUGAAAUCAGUUUGUAUUCAAAGACACUCUGCCUCCUCUUCAGUUUUGUGUCCAUCUUCUUCUCCACUAGUGCAGCAACAGGGCUCCUCCUCAUCUCCUCAAACCAGAUCACCAUCCUUCCCUGUCCUUUUAUCAUUACCAGCUUCUCCCUCUGGCUCCCUAUCCAGCUCCUCCUCUAUUCCUCACUCUCAGUUAUCUUCACAUCAAAACUCACCCACUCCUUCCCUCUCCUGUCCUGUAUCAGUAUCAAUUACUAAAGACCAAGUGACAAGAUCAAGAGGACGUAUUCUUAAAAGAUCAUCACUCAAUGGUUCUGCUAGUGGUCCUUCUCAUAUUAUAGGACGUGGGUCGUCCCGUCAGUUUGGUAAUACCAGUAAAGUAUCAGGAGGUGGUCCUGUUAAUAAAGAUACUGGUACUGCUGGAGCCAGUGGGAGAGGAGGGAGGGCUAAGAGGAACAGUGACAGUUUUAAUGGAGACUCACAGUCUUCAGAUGAGAGGAGGCCAAAGAAGAGAAGAGGUGUUGUAUCUGAUGAUGUCAGGCCUCCUAAUAUAGUAGACUGGUCCUGUGCCCUCUGUAAUCUUGGUAAUAAUGCUAGUGAGCUCAGUUAUCUGUAUGGACCUUUAAACAAUGUUAACAACAGAACAGAAGAUGUAUGGACCCAUUGGAAGUGUGCAGUGUGGGCAUCAGGUGUGUAUUUUGAUGGUGAUGAGCUAAAAGGAUUAUCUGAAGCUAUUGAAGAAGGACAAUCAUUAGUUUGUUGUAAGUGUAAUAAAUCUGGUGCUACAAUUAUAUGUCAUCUUCACUCUUGCAAGAGACCUUAUCAUUAUCCUUGUGCUGUACAAGAAGGUUGUCAUUUCAAUCAGAGUCAGUUCAUUGUUACUUGUCCAGCUCACUCUACACCAACAGAUCUUUAAAUUAUUAUUAUACUGACUGUAUACACAUACAAACACACAGACAUUGUCUCUCUCUUUAUCUUUCCUCUUGUUACACAUUAAGGAGUGUUCCUUAUAGUCAUAAUCAUUGGCUUAAUAAAGUAAUGGUGAAAUUAAUAG